AUGGCGACGCUGACCGCGCGCGGCCGCCGUACGGAAGGGGCGGGCGCGCGGCCCCGAGCCGCCAUUGGCCGGGCGGGGGCGCGCGCGCCGGGAGGGGCGGGCAGAGCAGUGUCCGAGCGGAGGGCACGGGCCGAGGGAGAAGUGUCCUCAGUUUACCGCUGCCGUAACCGGGUUGGAGCAGCUUUGCCUGUUGAUGUCUUAACAUAUGAGGAAAAAACUCUGUCUGCCAUAUUAAGAGUUAUUAGCAGUGGCCUUGUCAAGCUGUGGAGUGCUCUAACCUUGCUGGGCUUCUACCAGAACAGGAGGUGUGCCUUCCGGGUGCUGCAGACAUCUCCAUUUCUUCUGGCAUUAUCUGGGAACAGUAGAGAACUAGUCCUAGACUGAAUGUGCUUGUUGGUUUGGUUGUACAAAGCAGAAGUUUCUGGAGAUGUUGCAGCCCUUCAGGCGAGGAAUUUCUGGAGGAAUGUUCCGACGAAGAGCCUUGACAAAGCUGACGUUUAUCAACUCACUGCUUGGACAUCCAGUACUUCAAAGUUUACACAUAAAAGUUGGAGACAAAGCUGAACUUACCAAAGCUUUUACUCAGAAUGAUGUUGUUACUUUUUCCUACUUAACAGGUGACACAAAUCCUUUGCAUUUAAAUGAAGAGUUUGCAAA